UGGGACAGAAGUCUUGCAGGGGCAAGUCACACACGAAAAUGGAGUUUAAACCCCUGACAUGCUAACGGAAGCAAGGUUAGCCAAAGAAGUUCUGAGAAGUUGCUUUUUUAAUGCGUUUCAAAGGAGAUUUACAAGCUGCGUUCUGUAUUGGUUGGUAUAAACAUGGGGGGAAGCUUUAUCCAUUUUUAAUCAAGCCAGAUUAAACAGAAUAUAAGGAGGGGUGUUUUAAAAGGAUUCGAUUGUAGAUUUUGAAAGUAAACUGUGGAAUUAAAGACAUGUGGGGGUUGAGGGCUUUUACUCCCUACCUUGAACAUUUUGGCUUGAACAUUUUGUCUCCUAAUUGUCUGCCUUGAAAUGUGCUUUCAUUUUGGAAAUUCUGUUGCUAAAUUGGGUUUGUUUUCAAAGGCACCUGUUGAAUAAAAAAAAAAAAAAAAAGUAUAGAAAUAGUUGAAAGCAGCUGAAAAGAGGUGAAGCCAUUAUGAGUUACCAGAAUGCACUUGAGUUGAACAAGGGGCCACAGCUGGGGUCAAAGAGCCCCAGGGGAACAGGAAGUGUGGCCACAGAUGAAGACCACCACCCUGCCCUGCUUGAAAACCAGCUCUGUGUGGGCGACUUUCUCAAAAUACAGAGUGCUUUUGAGGUAAGCCUUAAUCUUAAUUACUGGAGGAUAGCAGUGGCUUUUACGAGUAAAGAGAUUUGUUUCUAUGAUCUGCUGUCCAAAGGAGAAUUUCCUUGUCAAUAUAAACUCCAAGGCCUGAAGGGAACACCGAUUUGUAUGGAAUAUUGGUAUGACCUCCUUGAUGCCAAUGAAUCGAUUCUUUCUUUUGGGGACAUAACUGGAAAGGUUCAAGCAAUUGUUUUCACGACGGCCUUGAUUUCCCUGUUUGAGCAUCCUGCUAAUGCACAUGAAAACGAAGAAGCCACUGUGACUAUUAACUGGGCAGAGCUGCUCUCUGGAUAUCACAAAUGUUGCUAUAUAUUAGAGCAUAAUCUUCAUCAUGGAGAUUGGGUCAGGCAAGUUACUUACAGUGCAUCUUUAGAUGCUAUCAUUUCCAGUACAACCAACAAUACAAACACUGUGGUGCUGGCUUGGAGAGAGAAAUCAAAAAAGCCUCUUAAAAUGACAUCCUUCAAUGUUGCCGAGGGCAUUCAUGCUUUUGAUUACCACUCUCGGCUCAAUUUAAUUGCAACUGCUGGCAUCAACAAUAAAGUUUGCCUUUGGAACCCCUAUGUUGUCUCUAAACCGGUUGGUGUCCUCUGGGGUCACUCAGCCAGCGUAAUAGCUGUCCAAUUCUUUGCUGCAAGAAAACAACUUUUCAGCUUCUCCAAAGAUAAAGUUUUGAGACUCUGGGAUAUUCAGCACCAGCUGCCCAUCCAGAGGAUAGCUUGUUCUUUCUCCAAAAGUCAGGACUUCAGAUGUCUCUUCCACUUUGAUGAAGCACAUGGACGACUUUUCAUCUCGUUUAAUAACCAGCUCGGACUGUUGGCAAUGAAAAGUGAGGCCGGCAAGAGGGUGAAGAGUCACAAGAAAGCAGUCACUUGUGUUCUUUACAAUUCAGUCUUGAAGCAGGUAAUCAGCUGUGAUGAGGGGUCUACUGUUGCCUUCUGGAUGAUAGACACUGGGCAGAAAAUCAAACAGUUUACUGGUUGCCAUGGCAAUGCAGAAAUCAGCACUAUGGCCCUUGAUGCAAAUGAGACACGGCUUUUGACUGGCAGCACAGAUGGGACUGUAAAGGUAUGGGACUUCAACGGAUACUGUCACCACACCCUAAAUGUUGGGCAAGAGGGAGCUGUGGAUAUUUCACAGAUUCUGGUUCUUAAGAAGACAAUACUGGUUACAGGCUGGGAGAGGGCUAUUACUGUGUUCCGUCUACAAAACUUCAAUCAAUAUUUCAUCCAGCCUGAGAAAUGGAAAGGUGGAAUACAGCACUGUGAUGAUAUCUUGUGUGCUGCAUUUUUACCUCCACAAACUCUUGUUACAGGAAGUUAUGAUGGAGAAAUUAUUCUGUGGAACAACGACACAGAAAACGCUCACUACGUCCUUCACCCUGAUUACCAGAGGCUGCUAAAAUCAAAAUGGGAUACAGAGCCUCAGAAGCUUCUCAGUGCUGGGAGGAGCCACUCUGCCUGCCCCAGUGCAAACCAGGCUACCCUGGGACCCUGCUCCUUUGAGACAAACACCACAUACAAUAAUGCUGUUGUGAGGCUUUGCAUCCUUGAAGCAAGAAAAAACACUGCAGAGACAGGAGGAGCUAACCUGGUCUCAUGUGGAGGUUCUGGCUAUGUCAGGUUCUGGGACACAUUUAAGAAGCAACUUCUGGCUGAAUUUUUGGCUCAUGGUGGAGUUGGAUCCAUUAUUAUGUCUACUGAUAAGGCAAACCAAUACCUUGCCACAGGAGAUCUGGAUGGACAGUUGAAAAUCUGGAAUAUAGAGGAGUACUGUCUUAAUUCCAGUAAGAGCAAAAUCACACAGGCCCCAACUCUGAUAAGAUCAUUCCGACCUCAUGAAGCCCGGAUAAGUUCCUUAGAGAUGUGUAAGCCGGGCGGCCGCCUACUGAUUAUCUCCUCCUCUGCAGACUGCAGCAUUUGUGUGACUGACGUCUUCGGUGCUCCUGUCUGGAUCUUUGGUCAGGAAAAGCACUGGCAAAUUGAAAACAGUUUUUCCCUUCCUAAAAGGGAUACUAAUGUAAUGAAAAGUGAGAGUCAAGAAGAAAGCAUAAGAGAAAUUCCUUUACUUUCUAAGGAGGAAUCAUGUUUAGACCUACCAGAACGUUCUCUACUUGAUAAGAAAAACAAAGAUGGCUCCACAUACAAUGUCAGACCAUCAGAAGUCAUAAAUUUAGGUAUAAAAUAUAAGGAAAGAAAUAUCUUGAAGAAAAAAACACAUAACCUUUACAAGGGAGAAUUUAUACAAAAAUCAUCCAGUGCAUUCAGGUCAUUAAGCAUCGGAGCCCUGAAAGAGCUGCCUGAAGUGACGAAACCAGCUUUUCUUUGGGACCCGGAGAAAUAUUUCAGGGAAGAGCCAAAGGAGAAGUGGUCCCAAAUUCCAGAGCCUCCACUGCUCUCCGAAACUUUGAACGCUGUAUUUGAUGAGAAAAACCUGUUCCCCAAAGAAAUUCUGGAUCGUGAGCGAAGAGCCAAGCAAUUAUAUCAAGAAACAAGUAGUGAAGUGAAGAUUAAAAGAAAUAAGAAGCAAUUAUAAUUGAAACAAAAAUAAAUAUUUCAUUGUCACAUAAAAUAUGAAUAUAAAAUGCAGAGAGGAAUCAAGAA